UAAUAUCAGGGCAGGGCAGAAGAAUAUUUCAACCAACCUGAACUUGAACCUAAUUGAUUCUUGAAUUUAUAAAAUGGUUUUCGCCUUGUACAGUUUCGCCAGCUGGUCCAGGCUACAGAGCUCCAAAGAUGAUGACUGGGCUGACAGGAUCAGUCACCUCUGGACUGUUGUGCUACUGGCGUUCUUCACCAUCCUGGUCAGUUCAGCCCAGUAUGUCGGAGACCCCAUACAAUGUUGGUGUCCAGCACAGUUUACUGGUUCCUAUGUCAGUUACACAAAGAGUGUCUGCUGGAUCAGUAACACCUACUACAUACCAAUGGAUGAUAGUAUCCCAGUUAACAUCCAUGAAAGACAGAAGAGAGAAAUCAGCUACUACCAAUGGGUGCCCAUCAUUCUUCUCUUUCAGGCUUUAAUGUUCAAGUUUCCUAACAUGGUGUGGAAAAUGUUGAAUAGUACAGGAGGACUUAAUGUGGACAGAUUGGUGUCAUUAUCAGAGAGCACUCAAAUAGGUAAACAAGAGGACAGGGAGAAAAUGACUUACCAGGUGGCCAAGUACUUGGACCGCUGGUUGAAAGCUCACCGCCAGUAUCAUUAUAAUUUACUUGUUCGACUGCGUCAGCGCUUUUCAAAUGUAUUCUGCUUUUGGUUUGCCAAGAGGGACGGAAAAUAUUUGACUGGAUUUUACCUGUUUGUCAAGUUCUUGUACGUGGCCAAUGUCAUAUUCCAAUUUUAUAUCCUCAACCACUUCCUGGCUAUGAACUACAGCGUGUUUGGGCUGGAAGUCAUUGAAGCUCUGGUCAAAGAAGGAAGCUACACAGACUCACCCCGCUUCCCCCGAGUCACUCUGUGUGACUUUGAGAUACGCCAAAUGGCCAACGUCCAGAGGUACACUGUCCAGUGCGUCCUUCCCAUCAACCUCUUUAAUGAAAAAAUUUUCAUUUUCUUGUGGUUUUGGUAUCUGUUAGUGUCGGCAGUGACUGUCUUUAAUUACUUGGCUUGGCUGUACCAGAUUCUCCUGGGUGGCAACCGCUACAGGUAUGUCAAAAAGUACCUCAAGCUGGGAGACAACAUAAGAAACAAAACAGACGCCAAGUUGGCCAGAAAGUUUGCGGAUGAAUACCUGCGGGACGACGGAGUGUUUGUGUUGAAGAUUGUUUCCAAAAAUUCCUCAGAACUUGUCCUUAGUGACUUGAUCAACCACUUGUGGCUUUUUUACAUUGAUAACCCACAUACCACACUACCACACGAGAAGAGGCAGAGGGAAGCCAAGAUGAAUGGGAAGAAUGCAGUGUCCACUCUUGAACUGGAUAUUGAAGAGUUGAGAGAACUUAACAACAAGUAGAACAAGUUUGGCAGAAAGCAAAAUGUCCAAGUCAGUAAGUUUCUAAGUGAUUUUUAUUGAAUUAUUAAUCAAACAGUCCCAACUAUGACGAGAUCCCAGAAACUUUUACCAGUUGUGAAAAUCAAUGUUGAUUAUGUUCACAAAGUGUUGAAGAGAAAUAUAUUUUUUGAUCCCCCUUCAAGCACAUUUUACACUAACUGAAAUCUGGCUAUAGGUGAAUUCUUUGACUUGUGCUAUUUCUCCCUAUAAAAUGUUUUCUUAGCGAACCAUUGUUACUGCUGGAUUGAAACUCAGUUCCAUUGACUAGCUCUGACAUUUUUCAUGUCAUUUUAUCCAUCAUUAUACCUAAACACUUUACACAGUUGUGUUUCAAAAAAAUUGUUUUUUGUUUUAUAUACUCAAGAUUUUACAAAUAACUUCUUUGGUUACUGAGUGAAAGCAAAUAUAUGAUUAUGACUUGCGAAGUUCUUCGAGUCAGUGCAUACAACUUUGUAAGAGUCAAGUUCUGUGUCAUUGUUUGAUAUCGAUGGAAGCUACACCCAGCAUUCAUUUUGUUAAUAAUAUAUUGAGAAAGUAUAUUAUCUGUUUAUGCGUUCUUUGACAAGUUUGUUUUUUAAUGACCAGACCUUAUAUGGUAACAUGGUCUCAACUAAACUGCAUUGGUUGUUACUUCCCUUUAAUUAUUUUUUUUUUUUAUGUUAACAAUAUAUAUGCAGGAAAUGACAUGCAACUGUCCUUUUUUUUAAUCAGAGUGAAGAUUGAUACAAUGAAUGAGUUUUAGUGUCUUUUAUAUUAAGACUGAUAUAAUGAAUGAGUUUUAGUGUCUUUUAUAUUAAGUCUGUUGCAAUUUUUCUUUUUCGUGUUUUAGAAAACCAACAGCCAAAAUGUUGCCUUGACCUUGUGUAGUCAUAAACAUUUGAAGCCUUAUUAAUGCUACAUUAGCUA